AUGGGUCCAGAUCUAUGGUUCCACAGAGAUGAGAUUUUUGAAUUGCUUUCAAAAUGGCCUAGCUCUCAUUCGGUAACACCUGACUUUAUACCUCUUCAUCUCAUUAAAAGGACUGCGCAUUAUCUUGCUUUUCCUUUGGAACUACUCUUUAAUUUGUCAUAUAUGAGAUCGGAAGUCCCAUCCCGAUGGAAACACUCUUUCAUUGUUCCAGUUCCGAAGAAGCCGCCCUUUAGCAAUCCUUCCAACUAUCGGCCUAUAAGUAUCACUUCUGUUUUUGCACGGCUUUUCGAAAAAAUAGUCAAAGGUAAGGUGACUGCUUAUAUGAACCGUAACAGACUUAUUCCCACAAAUCAGCACGGUUUCUCAACGAGAGCUAUUGAUCAUAUUGUAUGUUGGUCGGAGAAUUGGGGAUUACCCCUAGCUGCUGAUAAAACCAAGGUUUUUAAAAUCGGAAAUGAACGUUUCAGUUGUAGCUACAAAAUUGGAUCAGUUACUUUAGAGUCAGUUCAAGAAAUAAAGGACCUUGGUUUUAUCUUCUCCAACAAACUUGGGUUUAAAACACAUUAUAAGUCA